AUGAAUAUUAUUGAAUCAAAUAAAGACAAGGAAAGAAUAAGUCUCCACAGUCAUAUAAAUGGAUUAGGUUUAGAUGCAGAUGGGUUUGUUUAUGAUUGGAAUUUUGAAGAGAAAAAAAAAAAGAAAAAGACGGAAAAAAUAAAAGAUCAUGAAGAUAUUUUAUUACAAGAAAAUAAGAGAUCAUACAUUAAUAAAUAUGACGAGAAAUGUAAUGAUUUUAGUGAUGAUUAUACUGAGUGUAGUGAUAAAAAUAACGAAAGUGACAAUGAAAUUGUUAGAAAUUUUUGUAAGUCUAAAGGAAUGAUUGGGCAAAAGAAAGCUAGAGAAGCUGCCGGUAUUUUUAUAAAUUUAAUUAAGGAAAAAAAUAUCUGCAAAUGUUUAUUAUUAGCUGGGCCAAGCGGUAGUGGUAAAACGGCAAUAGCAAUUGCAAUAAGCAAGGAAAUUAGUGAAGAUUCUAUUCCUUUUUGCAUUUUUAAUGCAUCUCAAGUAUAUUCUUGCGAAGUUAAGAAAACAGAAAUAUUAACUCAAUAUAUUAGAAAAAGUAUUGGUGUAAAAAUAAAAGAAAUUAAAGAAGUCUUUGAAGGAGAAGUCAUAAAAAUUGAGCCAUUUUAUGAUAAUACAUAUGAAGAAAAAAAAAUUUCUUAUGUACAUAUAACUUUAAAAACAUUAAAAGAACAAAAGAAGAUUAAAAUACAUUCUUCUAUAUAUGAAAAUAUAUUAAAAGAAAAAAUUCAAGAAAAAGAUAUUAUUUAUAUAGAGUCACAAAGUGGAACUGUUAAAAGAGUUGGAAAAUGUAGUUUAUAUCAAGAUAUGUUUGAUAUAGAAACAGAUACAUAUGUUGAUUUGCCUAAAGGAAAUGUUCAUAAAAAAAAAAAUAUCAUUCAGAAUAUUACAUUAUAUGACUUAGAUGUAUCUAAUGUUCAACCUAAAGAUAAUAUUCUCAAUUUUUUACAAAAUACUAAAUCAAAAAAAACAGAAAUCACAGAUAAAUUAAGAAAUGAAAUUAAUAAAAUUGUUUAUAAAUAUGUGGACCAAGGGAUAGCUCAAAUUAUACCAGGAGUAUUAUUUAUUGAUGAGGUACAUAUGUUAGAUAUAGAAUGCUUUACCUAUUUAAAUAGAACAUUAGAAUCUAACUUAGCACCCAUUGUUAUUUUAGCAACAAAUAGAGGAAUUUGUAACAUAAAGGGAACUAAUAUAAUAUCUGCACAUGGAAUACCCGUAGAUUUAUUAGAUAGAAUAAUAAUUGUUAAAACUAUGUUGUAUAAUAAAGAAGAAAUAUUACAGGUUCUUAAAUUAAGAUGUAAGUUUGAAAAAAUAAAAAUUGAAAGUGAAGCUUUGGAUUAUUUGGCCGAUAUAGGUAUUAAAUGUUCUUUGAGAUAUGCAAUUCAACUUUUAACACCUGCAAAAAUAUUAUCAAAAAGAAGAGGAAAAAAAAGAAUAAAUAAAGAUGUCGUUGAAAUUGUUUCUUCUAUUUUUUUUGAUACAAAAAGAUCAACACAACUUUUAUUAAGUGAUAAAAGUAAAUAUAUGUAUUAA